AGGAUUGCAUGAUGGAGCUAAAGCGGAGGUAAAGAAUUGUUUUUUUCAGACUUAAUUUACUAUUUACAAGGGCGUUACGGAAGUCCAUAUCCCGAUCUCUGUGCUCCUGCGCGUUAAAAAUAGUAAAGGUUAAUUAGUUAGCUGGGAAAUCGGAUCAGGGGCGGGCAGUCAGAAUUUGAUCCAUACUCAGGUAACUCAAGCAAUCCAUAUAUUGUACCUGCCACCUUGACGGACAGCAGUCACCACAGAGCCUCACCUCUCAGCUGCAUCACCGACCGACCAGGGAGCGAACCUCUAACACGGAAUAAAAUGUCGAUCUCAUCUAUCCUUUCUGCUGAUGGCAUCGACAGCGCCAUCAAGGACUGCCAAGCUCCGGAGUCCUUCUGCCCAAAGAAGUUCUUCCAGUUGUGUGGUCUCAGCAAGAAAAGCCCUCAGGAUGUGAAGAAGGUUUUUGGGAUCCUGGACAAAGAUGCCAGUGGGUUUAUUGAGGAAAAAGAGCUGAAGUUUUUCCUCCAGAGGUUCUGCCCUGGGGCUCGGGUCCUGACGGACAAGGAGACCAAGAACUUCCUGAGUGUUGCUGAUGAUGAUAGCGAUGGGCGAAUUGGAGCGGAAGAGUUCCAGGCUAUGGUCUUGUCCUAAACUGGUGGAAACCCCUCCAUCCAGAUCUGACCUCUACCUACCACUUUCGGCUGGACACUUAAAGGGCUCCGACUUUAAUCAUUUUCAAUCUAGUUAAAUAAAACACCUCCUAAUGUUUUCAUUUCCCAGCCUUCUCUUGUCCACUAACUUCCACAUGACUGUCAUGAUUUAGUUUUUUUGUUUUUCUUGUUUCAGAUCAAUCAUAAAGCUGUGUUGCCCAAACUAAUAAGCUCUUAAAUUCUAAAAUAAAAGGAUAAAACCUAA